AUGCAGAUAAUGAAUCAAAUCAAGUUGUAUGGGAAACCUAUUCGUGUCAAUAAAGUAACUUUGGGCAAAAAGAAUUUGGACGUAAGCGCUUCAUUAUUUAUAGGGAAUUUGGAUUCUGGUAUUGGUGAAAAAAUGUUGUACGAUACGUUCAGCACUUUUGAUCCCGAUACUGGUAAUAGUAAAGGGUAUGGGUUUAUUUCAUAUGACAAUUUCGAUUCUUCAGAUGCGGCAAUUGAUGCAAUGAUGAACGGGCAAUAUCUGAUGAAUAUACCAAUUACUGUAUCAUACGCGUUCAAAAAGGAUGGUAAAGGGGAAAGACAUAGAAGUGCUGCAGGUUCGUAUUUUCUUCCGAAUCGAGUAUAUUACUUUUAA